AUGGCGGAGCAGUGGGAGCUGGACGAGGAGGGCAUCCGACGUCUGGGGGCGCUGACCCUGGAGCAGCCUGAACUGGUGGAGUCUCUUUCAUUGCAGGGAUCUUAUGCUGGAAAAAUCCAUUCUAUUGGUGAUGCCUUCAGAAACUUCAAAAAUCUCCGAUCCUUAGAUUUAUCAAGAAAUUUGAUCACUAGCUUAAAGGGCAUCCAAUAUUUAUGUUCACUCCAAGACCUGAACUUAUAUUAUAACAACAUUCCUUCAUUAGUGGAGGUAUCCCGCCUGCAGCCUUUAUCCUUCCUCAAAGAACUAGAUUUGAGACUGAAUCCUGUUGUGAGGAAAGAUACAGAUUAUAGGCUCUUUGCUGUGUACACGCUACAAACUCUGGAGAAACUGGAUGAUCGAACAGUGCGUGACAGUGAAAGGAAGGCUGCCAAGCUGCAUUUCAGUCAGUUGGGCAACAGUGACAACUUUCUUUUAGAAGUGGAAAAAAGCUCUAGGGAGAAGACAAUCAAAACCUGUGUGACAGAUGAGGGCUCUGCAUCAAAAGUCAAUGCUGAGGUUGACGCCAGAACUGAAACAGACUCAAACAAAGGACUUUUUAUUCCCUUUUCCAACCGGGAAAUAAAGGAUUCCGUAACCAGUGACCCUGCAAUCCAAGACAAUGGUACAUCAGGUCAGAAAUCAGACAUUUUCCCACUGGGGACACAGAUGCAGGAAGCAACAAGAAGAGAGAUACCAAGUGACAACCACCCAGAAGAUGGAUUAGAAUUCAGACACUACUUGCCUCGUCAGUCCACAGUUCGAUCCCCAGAGAAGAUGACUAGAGAUGGAUACCGAGUAUCUUUUUCAGAUAUUAAAACCUCAAGUUCUCCAGAAAAGGACUUGAUACCAAAGUCUGAUUUGUAUCCACUUACCCAUGAUGUCUCAUUGAGUAAACGCCUGGAUGUGGGUGAUUCUAAUCAGAUCCUUCCCUAUCAGUUACCUUCUGAUGUCGGUCUGGAAAAUUACGAUAGCCAUUAUUCUCAAAGUCUAUGCCUGCCUGGAAAUCUUGUCAAAAAGCCUCAGAAAAGCAAGAGCUGCCGAGAAUAUAACAUAAAGCCUUCUAAUGACACAAAGGCCACCUCAUACCAUUCCUGUGGAGACUCACUGACUUCUUUGUCAAACCCGGAUUCCAGCACAGGAAGGCUUUUGAAGCUUAGCUCAGAUCUGUAUGCUACAACCCAUUUCAACAGUGACUCUACUCUGCUGGUCAAUGUAGAGCAACAGUUAUCCAGUAGCUUCGGUGAUUCAGCACCAACACAUGGUCCUUUUCCAAACAACUCUGUUGUGGGAAACUCUUUUCGGACACUGCUAUUGCCUCCAGGGACUUCAGAAAACAGAGACAUAUUGACGAAGAGGUCAAUAAGCCCAUCAAGGAGAGGAUUCAAGCGGAAGGACAAUAUUCUUGCCAACCAGAAUCCAAAGCAUAGUUUCCAUGAUGUGACAAGCAACAAGGCAAGUAGUCCUCUCUCUAGUGACUUGGGCAGUUUGCAUGGUUUGCCAGGAAACCACAGUCCUCCGAUCUCUGCCAGAACCCCCCAUGUGGCCACUGUCCUCAGACAGCUGCUGGAGCUUGUGGAUAAACAUUGGAAUGGCUCUGGCUCCCUCCUCUUCAACAAGAAGUUUCUUGGUCCUGCCAGAGAUUUGCUUCUGUCUUUGGUCGUCCCUGCUCCUCCUCAGCAGUGGUGUCCCUCACAACCUGAAGACCGGGCAAAAGCCUUCCACCGGAGGGAGAAUGAACUGAAGGAGGCUGGGCAGCCUGUCCCUAAUGACGUGGAAAAUUUGAAGCAAAAACUGGUCAGAGUGCUGGAGGAAAACCUCAUUUUAUCAGAAAAAAUCCAGCAGAUGCAGGGAAGUGCUGCCACCUCAAAUGUGACUGGGCACCCACCCCACCCACACAAUGAUCUUCUACGUAAAAACCAACAGCUGACCAUGCAGGUGGCUUGUCUGAACCAAGAGCUCGCUCAGCUGAAGAAGCUGGAGGAGACAGUUGUCCUUCUCCAGGAAAGUCAGAGGUCCCUGGUGGUAACUAAUGAGUAUCUGCUGCAGCAGCUGGAUAAAGAGCAGAAAGGUCAUUCCGGGAAAUCGCUUCUGCCUCCUGAGAAGAGUCAUCAUUUGGGGAGAUCGUCACCCUUUGGGAAAAGCACGCUGUCUUCCUCCUCACCAGCAGUACAUGACACGGGUCAGUAUCUAGUUCAGAAUGUCUCAGAAGCUGCCCCAGAGCCUAGUUUGUGGAGCUAGCACUGAACACCUCCACUACCA